AUGAUCCUUCCUAAAACAACAUCACGAGAGGACGGCAAUCAUCAUGUUCUCCGAAAACAUACAACAAGUUUGAUGAUGAUUUUGAGUGUGUUCCUUUUAUCGGUCGUGAUGUUUAUGGCAAAUCCCAUCAUGAUGGUUGAGGCUAAAAGUUCUUCUGUUUUAAAUCAUCGUUCUCGGCAUGAUGCUACUACGACCUUGUCUGCUACUACAACAACAACAACAACAACUGCUCGAGUAGAUAUGAAUGGAGCCAUUACUCUUGCAACCUAUCAGAACACAUCGGGAUCAUCAGGAGAGAAACUUGGAUAUGUUACAAAUUAUCAGGUAUUUAUUGGACGUAAUUGUACUCCAGAAACUGUUGAGAAGGAUUGUGGAGGUUUGGAGACUCUGGUUUGCAUUAAUAACAAGUGCUCGUUCUGUACAAAUGCAACUCAAUGUUCCGAGCAAAUUCAUACUAUUUAUUCAUGUCACAAGAUUGGAAAAUUCCCUCCAGCUCAAGGAGGUGUUUGUGAGCACAAGGAUUUGUUUGAAUAUGUAUCAUAUUUGGAUGUUUUGGCUACAAUUACUUGCUUUAUUGGAGGUGUGCUCUCUGCUGCAUCAGGAACAGGAGGUGGUGGUAUUUUCGUGCCAUUGUUGCACGUGGCUGGUCAAUUCCCUCCAUCAUUGGCAGUUCCAAUUUCAACUCUUAUGAUUUUCGGUGCUGGUAUUAUCAACAUUGCUACAUUGAGUUUCAAGAGACACCCUCAUGCUGAUCGUCCUCUUAUUGAUUAUGAUAUUGCAUUAAUGAUGGAACCUCCAACUUUGUUAGGUACAAUUAUUGGUGUCUUUUUCAACAUGAUGUUCCCUGAUUGGCUAAUCGUUGUAUUGGUCAUUCUCACGUUGAGUAUUACUUCUUUCGUCAUGUUUAGAAAUGGUUACAAGAGAUUUAAAUUAGAAGCUGAAGCAAGAAAGAAGGCAGCUGAAUCGACUACAGAAGAUCAAUCGAAUAGCAAUAGACCUACCACUGAUUACAAUCAAGUGAGCGACGACGAAGAAAGCUUGUUGAAGGUCGAAACAACCAAUCAAAAGGUUGAUGAAUCUGAAGUUAAAAUUGAGCAUCACACUGAAGAAGAACAAACAGAUGAGGGAGUUGGCUUCUCUACUAGGGAUCCAGAAGAAGAGAAGGAAUUGAAGGCCAUCUAUGAGGCAGAAAAGAAAACUCCUCUUGGAAAAAUUCUUGUUUUGAUUAUUUGUUGGUUGACCGUAUUUACGUUGAGUUUGUUGAAGGGAGGUCAUGGUACUCCAUCCAUUAUUCCAAGUGUCACUCGUUGCAGCGUUGGUUAUUGGAUUUUGACAGCCCUCAGCUUCCCACUUCUUGGAGCUAUGGCAUUGGGCAUUAUUAUUUAUUUAUUGAAGAAGCAUGAAAGAAAAGUGCAAUUAGGUUAUCAAUUUGUUGAAGGUGAUGUGCACUGGAAUAAGUACAAUGUCACUAUUUAUCCAGUUGCUUGUAUUGGUGCUGGUAUUUUGGCAUCCAUGCUUGGUAUUGGUGGAGGUAUGGUCAAGUCUCCAUUGCUAUUAAUUUUGGGAAGUGAUCCAGUCGCUUCACAAGCCACCACAAGCUUUAUGAUUCUUUUCACAUCCUCAAUUUCAACUGUUCAAUAUUUAAUUGCUGGUAUGCUUCCAUGGGACUAUGGUUUAUGGUUCUUAGCAACUGGUAUUUUGUGUGGUAUUUUUGGACAACUCAUGUUGGACUUGUGGUUAGAUAAGACUGGAAGACGAUCGAUCAUGAUCUUUAUUGUUGCAUUUGUGACGCUAAUUGCUACGUUCUUGAUGGGUGGAGCUGGUAUUUAUGAUAUUGUAAAGUCUGUGGAACGAAAUGUUUACAUGGGAUUCAAGAGUCCAUGUCUAUAA